UCGAUGUAUCACUGGAUUAUUUCUCACUACAAUAUUUCCUGACCAUUGGCUUGUAUCUCGUCAAUUCAUUUGAGGGAGUUCCUUCUGUUUGUAAACAUGCAGCUGAGACUCUUUGGUGACAUGUAAAGCGCUGUGUUCAAAUUACAUUAUCGCAAUAUCAUUUUGUGUACGUUGAUAAUUAGUACACUGUUGACUAUCUGUAUGUAGAAAAGGAACCGCGAUAUCUUUCUCCUUCAGUUUUUUGUUCGUGUGGUUGAACGUAAGAACUGUAACAAAAUUAUAUCUUCAUGGCAAGAGGAAGGUGAUAAUAAGUAUGCCGUAAUGGCAUAAUAAAUUGUAAAACACGUGAGUGCCUCUGAUUUGGUGGCAAGCUACUGACGCAAGGCUGUAAGAAUUAUUAUUUAAGCUUGAGAUUCGGUACAUCUUAUCUGCGUAUUACAGUCAUUCAGUCUUUCGCGACGUAAUCAAGCAAAGACUGCCAGUCGAGUCUCUGCGCUGACGAAAGCCGAGUGUCUGGAAUGAGUUUCAGGUGACAACUGUGGAGUACAAGCGGUCAUAAUGACACAACAAAUUGCUGUUUAUAGCGUGCUACAUAAAUUACCUUCACUUUUAAAAACUGCUCUUCCACAACUGCAGUUUCAUAUGGUGGAACACGGUGCCGCUGAUGCAUUGGGUGCUCUCCAGAAGGCUGAAAUAAUAAUUGCAGAUGGUUUUCUUUUAUCUCCCAUCAUUCAUCAGCUGCCAAAUGCAAAGUGGAUACAGUGUACCUAUGCUGGAGUGGAGAACAUUGUUGCAGCUGUUGAUAAAACAAAGCUCCCACUUCCUUUUGUAAUGACCCGGCUCACUGGUGACCUCUUUGGCGUACAAAUGGCUGAAUAUGUCGUUUCUGAAAUUGUCAACAGAGAACGGAAUCUGUUUACAUACUAUGAUUAUCAGAAGAUAGCAAAGUGGGGGAAAGAGAGUUUUUUUCCUGAAGUGAGAACUAUGAUGGACCUCACUAUCGGAAUUAUGGGCUUUGGUGAGAUUGGAAAAGACAUUGCAAGAACUCUGAAGUCACUAAGAGCAGAAAUCUGGGCACUUGUUAGAAAAAUUCCAGAGGAUAAGGAGAAACUAGCAUUUGUUGAUAAUUAUCGAAAAGUGGAAGAUUUACCGGAGUUUUUGCAGAAGUGUGACUAUGUCAUAAAUGUAUUACCUUCCACACCUCAGACUACGGGACUUCUUAAUGCAGAUUUAUUGAAGAACUGUGCUUCAAAGGAAACUGUUUUUAUCAAUAUUGGAAGAGCAUCAGUGGUGAAAGAAGAGGAUCUGAUAACAGCGUUAGAAAAUAAGUGGCUGUCAGCAGCGAUCCUUGAUGUCUUUGAGAAAGAGCCAUUGCCACCAGAUAAUCCACUUUGGAAAAUGCCACAGGUAACUGUUACGCCUCAUAUAUCUGGUAUUUCCCGUGCCAAAGACAUUGUCAGACGAUUUAUGGAAAAUUAUGAGAAGUAUAAAAACAACAAGCCACUACUAAAUGUUGUAGACUUUGAUAAAGGCUAUUAAUAUUAAAAUCUUCAUGUUGGAGUGUAAGUUACAGUUUCAAAUGUUCAUCGUCAUCUACUCAUUUGUAAUAAUUCAUAAUUUCGUGUGUGGAAAUGUUCAAUAAAUACCAAAGCUUCUUCAUUCACAAAGUGAUGACUCUCGAGUGUGAUAAAUUUGUGAUGCAUUAAGAUUAAAUAAAUUUUAUUUUAUUGUAAA